AGGGAGAGCACAACACGCUCUCACUGAAGUUUGUUGUAAGUGAGUUGCUCUGAAGUUUCCUCGGAUAUGUGUCAAUGAGCCUCUCACUGCGUUUUCUCCCCGUUCCCGAUUAAUUUACUACUUUCUGUGGGAGAUUCUCCUUCAGUCUGACAGCUGUGUGAAGUUAUCUCAACGUUGACUAACGGUUUGAUAGACCAACGUCCGCUGUCAAAGUUUCGUUGACAUGGAUUUGUUGAACCCAGGACGAACGGACUAAAAGUUAGUGGAAUUUUUUCCCAGUCUCUGCCACACACAUAGACACAAAAAAGGACUUUACGCCAGCAUUACAAGAUUUCUGGCGAAUCUUGUCAUCAAUUUCUUAUUUAAGAGAAAUGCAAAAGUUCACAUCCACCAGUCAACAAAGCAACAUGCUGCCCCGGGACACUGAACUCCAGCUGCGGUUAGCCGACAACGGGGGAGCCGGCGAGGCGAAGGAGGCGAACGGCGCUGGGAAGCAUUUCCUCACCCAGCCGGGGGAAAGCUCUUUUUGCACCAAGCGGAAGAUGCUAGUCGGUUUGGAUGUAUUAUGCCUUUGUGUUGCCUCCAUCCCAUUCUUUGCGUGCGAGUUGAAGGCAGUGACUCCGUACAAACGGGGGAUUUUCUGUGGAGACUCCAGCAUCACCUACCCCUACCUGGAGAGAGAGGCCAUCCCUGACAGCCUGCUCAUUGCUGGGGGCAUUAUCAUCACUGGCCUUACGAUUGCGCUGGGCGAAUGUUACAGGGUGCGUUUCCGGGGUGUUCACUCACGGGCUUUUGUACGCAACCGCUAUGUAUCAUGCCUGUACAAGGAGCUGGGCAGCUUUUUGUUUGGCUGUUGCGUGGGUCAAUCACUCACCAAUAUGGCCAAGCUAAGUGUGGGCCGCCUGCGACCCAACUUCCUGUCUGUCUGUAAUAUCACGUAUGUGUCCAUCAACUGCACCCCGGGCAGCUACGUGUUCCCGGUCAAAUGCAAGCAGUCCAACCUCAAGUUGGUGGAGGAGGCAAGGAAGUCCUUUUUUUCAGGCCAUGCUUCAUUUGCAAUGUACACCAUGCUGUAUCUAGCUUUCUAUCUGCAAGCCCGGUUGUCGUGGCGAGGAGCUCGGCUGUUGCGCCCACUGCUGCAGUUCCUGCUAGUAAUGAUCGCCAUCUACACUGGCCUAAGCCGCAUCUCAGACUACCGCCACCACCCCACUGAUGUCCUCACUGGCUUCAUCCAAGGAGGCCUCACUGCAUACUGGGUGGCCUUCUACAUUUCCUCCAUGUUUAAGCCCUGCGCCCGUCCAGACCUGUCUCCCACCAGCAUGUCCCUGGAGAGUCCCCUGUCCAGCCAGCAGACUGUCUGUUAGCAGUCAUAUUCCACCAUCCACGAAUCAGAAGACAAGAGAGGAUGGACUGCAGUAAGACAGAGUGAGGCAGUCAGCGCGUGUGAGCAGCAGAUAGAGAGAGGGAGACAGAGUGACCCCCUCAUUUUUGAGAAAGGGAACCGUUCUAAGAGGAGGAGGGUGGAGGAUGCAGUGGUUCGGCAAUAAAAGUUGGUAGAGUACAAUCUAACACUUGCAUGCUCUUUGGGGCAUACUGAUGCACAUACAUACAGUCCUAUGCUUUUCUCAUUAGCGCACACACACAAUCAUCUAACAUGCUCACACACUCACAAAUGUGAAAUACAAGAGGCACACAUGACUGUAAAUCAAUCCCGUCCAGUGAGAAGAGCUGCACAGUGAUAUUACAAGAUAUUUUUAUAUAUAAAAAAAGAUAUACAAAUGUUUGUAUUUUUUUCCAGUGGAUUUUUAGAAGCUGCUAACGUUGUUGAUAAUCCCCAGUUUUGAGUUGAACAUUCCUCUGUGAUGGAGGCCUAUGGUCAGUGCAUUAUGUUAGCUUUCAAAGCAAAACUGUUUUUUUUCUCAGUCCCAGAGAGAGAGAGAGGAGAGAGCACCAGCCUCCUUCUCAUUCAUCCUCUGUUCAGCGUGGAAACCGACACCUGUGAACUAUAAUGUUAUCAGACCUCAAAUGUAAAGCCAGCUCUGUGCCUGGCAGCAGAACUGACAGUGAUAAGGAGCAAGCACUGGCUUCAUGCUCUCUCCAUCCUUACCCUCGGUGGCCUAAUGUCCCACUGCUCUAAACAGAGUGCCCUGCCUAUCGCAUCACCAUAACUGAACUAGAACGUGUCAAUGGGCAAAGAACACAAAAAACAUAUUUGUAUUGUAGUACAAUGUUAUCAUUCUUUCUUGAAUAAUUUAAGAGGUGAUGGUGAGGUGAAUCUAUUUGUUCAGAUUAUGCCCAUUCGCCUCUCUGCUCCUUAACCACUUUGACUGAACUUUAACGUUUGAUUUUUGCCCCUGAACUCCAAUCUCUGAGCUGCACCUUGAAUUAUGCCACUCUAACAGGAGAGCCAAAGUGGCAGUGGCCCCAGUGGCCCUCCUGUGCAUUUUUAUUAAUAGCACUUGAACGUACAUAAUGAAACCUUAUAAUUGUAAUCAAUAUUAUAUAUUUUACCUAAAAUUUGAAUAAUCAGUGUUUAUUUCUUCUUUAUGUCAGACAACUCAUACAGUAUAUUUGUUUUUUUUUUGUUUGUUUGUUUUUCUCCAAAUGAUAAUUAUUCAAAUUUAAUGUAAAUAGCUAUGUCAUUUUAUAAACCACACAGGAUUUCAAAAGUAUUAGUGCCAUUUUUGGUCAGUUUUUACAUGUUUAUGUAAGUGUUUAUAUUUACGUAUAUGUUGAUCAGGUACGGAGAGUUGCUAUUCUAUCUAUUGUUGUAACUACUAGACUGAGCCACAGAUAUUAUCAGAAAGCUAUAUUUUUGUUUCCAGUUAUUGUUGUUUGUUUUGUCUUCUCUGUGAAUGCCAGAAAGGCGGAAAUAACCACUGUACUCAAAAAAAAAAAAAAAAAAAAAAAAAAAAAAA